UCGAAACCAACCCAUUACUGGCUACUACUUAAGUACUCCAUAUUUCUCUUGCCAUCAGAACUCAAAAGAACAUCAUGGAUUGGUCACAAAAACUUUACUUUACAGCUUUUCUAAUUGUUGCAGCAGCCAUUCGGGGAAUUCAUGGUUAUACUAUGGUCUCUGGAACUGUCUUCUGUGACCAAUGCAAAGAUGGCCAAAUCUCUCUCUUUGAUUAUCCUCUAAAUGGAAUAAAUGUAGCAAUGGCGUGCCCAGACAACAAUGGACAAAUGACAACAUGGGGAGAAGAUACAACAAAUUGGCUAGGAAAUUUUGCCAUGAAGUUUGAUGGAAAUCCAGAUUUGAGUGGCUGUGUUGCACAGGUUACAAGCAGUAAUGAGCAAGGGAAAAGAGGAUGUGGGACAGGAGGAGGACCAGGAAAGUCACCAAGAUUAAUAUUUAGGAUGUUUGAUAUGAAUAUGUACACAAUUGAUCCUUUGAUUUCUCAGCCUUCAGAUCCAAUGUCUUUCUGUCCAAAAUUUUCAUACCCACAGCCACACCCCAACCCUGUUUCCCCUGCUACACCACCAUCAACACUUCCAUAUCCACCUACUCCCUCAUUGCCUCAUUUACCCUCAUGGCCUCCUUUACCCCCAAUGCCUCAUUUCCCCUAUUUGGAUGCUUCAGCUUGCCCACAUCAGAGUUGGAUGAUGCCAGAAUACCGCUGCUACUGGAAAGUAAUAAAUCCAGAUUUGAAAGUAGGUGUUGUAUUUGGGCUGAUUGCUGCUAGAAAAUAUGGAAGUGAUAUAACAUUAUGGGAAGGAAUGCAAGGCAGAGGAGAACCUUAUAAAACUUUGUUAAGAGAAGGGACAACUGCACUUUUGAAUUCUUAUAACAGUGUACAAUUUCCUUAUCAUCCAUUGAGUGUUAUUCAACAUAUGAAUUGGGCAUUAAUGGGAUCAACUCAACAAGUUAUGCAUACAGCUUUGAAUUUCUUGAGGGCUAAUUCUGGAAAUGGAAGAACUACUUGCAAGUUCAACCCUUGCAAGUGAUUAUUAGUAUUAAUUUCACUUCUUAGUGUACUUUUAAUUGAUUUGUAGUUGAGUUAAUCACGUUUAUAUUACUCUCUAUUUAGUAAUACGUUGUUGGCGUAUACUUGUGUCUACAUAGUAUUUUGGAAUCGUAUGUUAUUGAUGUUACUGAUUCCCAAAAUCAUUGUUGAUUGCUACAGUAUGAAAAUAAAGAACUACUUUGAAAUUUUCCGUA